AACAAGAUAUCAAGAAUGAAAUACAAUCACUAUACCCUCCUGAUGACCCUGAUCUUCAUGAUUAAUGAUUGCAUGGGACAGACUUCCUGUGUGGUGGAUUCAUUUACUGUGAAGGAAGACUUUGACCCCAAACGGUAUGCAGGUAAAUGGUAUGCUCUGGCCAAGAAAGACCCAGAAGGAUUGUUUUUACAGGAUAAUAUCUCAGCUGAAUACACCAUUGAGGAGGAUGGGACUAUGACUGCGUCUUCCAAAGGCAGAAUGAAGCUUUUUGGAUUCUGGAUGAUUUGUGCCGAUAUGGCUGCUCAAUAUUCGGUACCUGACCCCACCACACCAGGCAAAAUGUUCAUGAAUUACCAAGGCCUGGCAAGCUACUUGUCAAGUGGAGGUGAUAAUUACUGGGUGAUUGACACAGAUUAUGAUAACUAUGCCAUCACCUAUGCUUGCCGCACUGUGAAGGAGGAUGGGUCCUGUGAUGAUGGCUAUGCCCUUGUUUUCUCCCGCAACCCUCGGGGCCUUCCCCCUGUCAUUCAGAAAAUUGUGCAGCAGAAACAGGAGGAAAUCUGCAUGUCUGGCCUGUUCCAGCCUGUGCUACAGUCAGGGGCUUGUUAAAUCGAAACUCCUCCAGUCCAGAGAUGGAGUAAAAGGCCUAAUGUAAACAUCUCAAACAUGUUCCUCACAAAUUCUUUAAAUCAUUUUCCCCCCAAAGCACAUUUAAGUGCUAAUUUCUAGUAUUUAGACUUUUGAAAGAAAACUGGCUCAAGGAUAUAGCACAUUAUUUCUCGUAUGAACUCUUGCAUAAACUGAUGCAUCAGUUUAAAAACUAGACCUUUUUCAAUUGUCUUUUAAUUUUAAUUUAACCUCUCUUGGGCAAAUAUUUAUCUGGUAUGGCACUGAAUCCUUCAACAAAAGGUACAGGCUUUAUGAAUGUAAUUUUCCUACUACAAACUUUUCUCAAAAUCCUAUGCCAAGUUUUUCUUUUUCUGCAUUAA